AUGUCUUUCCGGACCCUCAUGGCCAUUGCCGCCGAGUAUGACCUCGAGCUUGAUCAGAUGGAUGCCGUCAACGCAUUCGUCAAUUGCCCUCUUGAAGAAGAAGAAGUCGUCUUUAUGAGGAUGCCGCCAGGCUUCCAGAAACCCGGGAAGGUGCUACGGCUUCGGAAAGCUCUCUACGGCCUACGCCGAUCCCCUCUUCUUUGGCAACAGCAUCUCACAGACUCCCUCGAAGAGCUGGGGUUCAAGAAAGUCCCUCAAGAACCCUGUGUGAUGAUGAAGGGUGCCGUGACCGUCUUUUUCUACGUGGACGACAUUAUCUGGGCCUACCGAAAGGAAGAUGAAGGCUUAGCUAAGGAAGCCAUACAAAGGCUCGAAGAACGCUAUAAAAUGAGCUUCCUAGGGAACCUAAAUGGUUUCUAG